CAGAGUCAUUCCUGAUCCAUGCUCUCGGAGUUGCGUGUGGAUUUCCUUUGUCAGGAGCUGGGCUGCCUCGCGAUCUCCACAACAAACCACAGAUACGGAGGUAUUAUUAUGAGGAAACCAUUAGAGGAUCUCGACCCUUCGUGGAAUCAGGGAGUCCAUCCUUUCAAUUAGGUUUAAGUGUAGGUGGGGCCAUGUCUGGCACUCCAUAGAUCUAAGGGACUGCACUGGACCUCCGCUCGUCAACCAUGGUUCCCAUGUUCUCUUGCGUGGAGCUGGGACCAGAGCUCGCCUCUGCGUUGCCGAGUAACAAGCGGCACCUGAGGCAGCAUGUGAGGAGGAAGCUGCGUCCUUCACGGAUUCUGGGCUUCGUCCUCAGCUUCUGCGCCCUUGCUCUGCUCCUGUGUUGGAGUGCCUUCAAAGGAACGGCCAUGUCUCUGUUCGGAGAGCCGCUGUCCCACAGAACUCUGCGCUCCACUGAUGGGGAUCAUAAUAUUUCAGUGGACGUACCAGUUGCAAUGGCAUCUGGGAUUGAGGGUCAAGGAGACUAUCCUGAGGACCUGUUCAGCCUGGAGGAGAGGCGGCAGGGAGCCGUGGUUCUGCAUAUGUUUGGCAUGCUCUACAUGUUCAUCGCACUAGCCAUUGUUUGUGAUGAGUUCUUUGUUCCUGCGCUCACUGUCAUCACUGAGAAGCUUGAGAUUUCAGACGAUGUGGCUGGUGCCACCUUCAUGGCUGCUGGAGGCUCCGCACCAGAGCUCUUCACCUCUGUGAUUGGCGUCUUCAUCUCCCACAGCAACGUGGGUAUUGGGACAAUUGUGGGCUCAGCUGUCUUCAACAUCCUGUUUGUGAUUGGGAUGUGCGCCUUGUUCUCGCGUGAGAUUCUGAAUCUCACAUGGUGGCCCCUCUUCAGGGACGUGUCCUUCUACAUCAUGGACCUCAUAAUGCUCAUCGUCUUUUUCCUGGAUAACUACAUCACCUAUGUGGAGAGCAUUGCCCUCCUAACAGCCUACUCUUCCUAUGUGCUCUUCAUGAAGUUCAAUGCCCAGGUGGAGGGUGUGGUCAAGGGCAUUAUGAACAGAAACCAGGUGGAUGAAAUAGAAGCUGCACCAAAGCUGGAGUCGGAUUUGUUGCUUUCCGAUGUGGUGUGUCCUUCUUAUGGAGCUCAGGUCAGCACUGCUCCAGACGAUGAAAACAAACUCUCGGCCAAGCCCCGCCUCCAGAGAGGAGGAAGCUCCGCCUCUUUGCACAAUUCGCUGAUGAGAAACAGCAUCUUCCAGCUGAUGAUCCACACACUGGAUCCACUCAGUGAAGGGAAGUUCAAGGAGAAAGCUUCUAUUCUGCACAAGAUCGCAAGAAAAAAGGGUCAAGAUGACGUCAAUGGUUUGGUAGAUAAGAACCUGCCCAACAGCUCCAAUGUGGAGGUGGAAGUGACUCCGCCCAUGAAUGGCAGCGUAGGGCAAGAGGCUGAGAAAGAGGAGGAAGAUGAAGAUCAGCCUCUCAGCCUGGCGUGGCCGAACACACACCGGAAACAAGCAACGUACCUCUUCAUCUUCCCCAUUGUGUUUCCACUGUGGCUCACGCUGCCCGACGUCCGCAGAGAGACUUCAAAGAGGUUUUUCCCUGUCACGUUUCUGGGCUCGAUCUCCUGGAUUGCUGCCUUCUCCUACCUGAUGGUUUGGUGGGCUCACCAGGUCGGAGAGACUAUAGGCAUCACAGAGGAAAUCAUGGGCCUGACCAUCCUUGCUGCUGGAACCUCCAUUCCUGACCUCAUCACCUCCGUCAUCGUGGCCAGAAAGGGUCUGGGGGACAUGGCUGUGUCCAGCUCCGUGGGCUCCAACAUCUUUGACAUCACUGUGGGUUUGCCGUUUCCAUGGCUCCUGUACUCCAUUGCGCACAACCUGAAGCCGGUGACGGUAAGCAGUAACGGUCUCUUCUGCGCCAUCGUGCUGCUCUUCCUCAUGCUCCUCUUCGUCAUCAUCUCCAUCGGCGUGUGCAAGUGGAGGAUGAGCAAGCUGCUGGGCUUCUUCAUGUUCAUGCUCUACUUCGUCUUCCUGGUGGUCAGCGUCAUGCUGGAGGACAAGGUCAUCAAUUGCCCUGUCUCGAUCUGAGAGAUUCGACUGGUGCCCCCUCAUGGAACCACUCUGCAGCGCACAUUACAAAGCCACGGUAACCAUACGGAGCCCCCUGGAGAACCUGAGAAUGACAAGGACGAUGCUUUGGCAUGAAAAAAAAAAACUUCUCCCAUGAAGGAACUGUGUUUGUUUUAUUUCUACUGAUAUUUUCUUCGUUUUUCAUGGGACAGUAGAGACCCAUGCAGCGUGCACUGCCCAUAGUUUGACGUGGGGGAAGAUUCUGUGCACUAGAUUUAGGCUGUUACAAUUUGUGGGACGGACGCAGGCUGGACACAGGAAACGGGAGACGCCACACCCAAGAAAGGAGCUGGACACAUGGCUUCUCUCUCCGAAGACUCAGGGAAACAGCAGGGGAAAAACAAUGAUGCUGUUAGCCACCCGACCACGUUCAGGACUUGAACUUUACGCUGUUACGUUAACGGAGUUUAAUGAAAUAAAAGCCUUGUGUUAGACAGCGAACGUGAAAACCGACGAUACGGGUGGGAGACGAAGCUUUGCGUUCGCUUCGUCUGCAAACGAGUCAGGGAUGAAUGUUUCGUUUUCUGUGUAUACCAUAUCAUUUUAACACGGCAGAUUUAGUGCCAUUUAGCGCUAGCGUUCAGACUUCUAGGGCUUCCGCUAACCGAACCAACUCGCGGGUUUGUUGCUGAAAAAUAUUCUUUGAAUAUCUAUAAUAUAAUCCAACGAAGUUUAUUCUUUGUAAUUAACUGUGCAACAUUUUAUAUGUUGUUUUCUUUGGAAUAACCGUAAACCUGGUUUUCAUUUGUCACGUGGAAUCAAAGCAGGGCAAAGGUUUGAGGAGUGGGCCGCCCGUCCCCGAUCUCUUUAAAAGACUAGUUAAGCAAAAUGCCAAUUAAACCUCAUUUAAACAGUUUUACCCCCUUUACCACGAGCGCAGUCGAUCAGCUAAGACAUGUUUGAGGCGUCUUUGGACCUACAAGGCGAACAAAUAAUGGAAUUAACCAAUCAACCCUAGACCUAAACCAUGGCACGCUUGCCUCAGAGCAUGUGGGCUUGAUCAGUGAUCUCUAUUAGACUUGAUUGUGAGGUUUCUGACGCUGUAUGACUCACUGUUGCCUAUAAACAUGGACUAAAGUACGUUAGCGCAAUGCUAAAAACAGUAGUAAGCAGAUAGGAGUGGGAAUGGUUACAGGCCUGACGAUCCAAUAUUAUCACCAGAUUUAAGCCAUGAUGUGGUUUUAUGUUUUUUCAUAUUUAAAAGUAUUGUGAUAUGAAAUAUUAUGAUAUAUUGUCAGUUUAUUACAUUUGACUGCAAAUUAGAAAACUGUUCUAUCUAAAGAAGUUUACACCUCAGGAGCAACACUGAGACGCGAGGUAGACAUAACAUUCAAGAAAACUCUGUCCUUACAUUUACAGGGGCUUUUAUUUGUGACGUAGCCAAUCAGCAUUUAGAACUUUAUACUUACAUAUUUAACCAGCAGUGGAGCGACAGCAGGUCAAUGAAAUGUUGGGAGUCUCGCAGAGUGACUCUGAUUCUAGAGGGAAUGGUGAGGUCAGACCUGGCUUGGGCGAGAUCUAAAAAUAAUUAGCUUGAUAUUUUCUAGGUGAAAACCGUGAUGACUGAUUGUAUCGCCCGUCCCAUAUGAUAUAUAAUACAAUACUAAUCCGACGUGUUGUCGAUUUUAAGCGACGUUGCUGCAAACGUGCAUUCAUGAGCUCCUUCUGGUGAAGGUUCACGUUGACUUGUUUGCUAACAGCAAGUCACCAUGAGGCUGGAGAACCUUCCAGCUGCAAUCCACACCUUUAAUCUGCUUUUCUCAUUUAAUGACAUGUUUUUUUCCCAAAAGUAUUGCAGUGUUGCGUGGUAUAUGUAUAUACGCUCAAGCCCGAAAAGCAAAUUUUAGACACCAAACACCAAGAGAGCAAACUUGAAUGAUGUUGAACGCUGUUAAAUAUGUAUCGAUUUCAAUCAUCGUAUUGGCCACUGAUUCAGUGAUUGAAUGACUGGCUAUUCAAGCAUGUUGAUCAGUGAAUAUAAACAUCAGUGAAUAUAAACAUCAACCCAACAUUGCUUGAAUCAGAGUUUGUUAUCUGGGUUGUCUUGGUUGAACUACAUCUGGCCUAAGUGGGCAAACUGGGUAAAUCUGGUUUUCCUCCAAACUAUUCCUUUAAAGCUUUCGAAGACUGGGUUCUAAGUCGGCUCUAAGGCUCGAAUCACAUACAUUCCGAGCUUAAAAACCCAAACAUGCCCUGAAUGUGUGAAACCUGAUUGUGCGGUGGACGUAAACACAGCCUUAGUGAGCUUCUAAUAUCUAAUUACUCUCUUUCUCUCAGGCACACUCUCUUUACUCUCACGCAACAACAACGAUAAAGAGAUUUUUAUAUAUACGUUAGGUGCAUCUUCAUCAUCAUCAUCAUCAUCAUCAUGAUCUACUGUAUCUAGGCUAUUUAACUACAUCAGUUACUCACUGUAUUGUUCCUGGGACUGCCGAACUGGACUGUAGGAAGCUGGCGUGAAUAGGCUCAUGCUGUGUUUCACCCGUACGACCUGCACGUAGCAGAUGUUCAUGGAUUUACGGGAUCCCAGUUUCCUGACGGUGCUCUUAGCGUUGCUACACCACCUCUGCAGUCCGAUGUUAUGCUUAGAUAAGAAAGCUCCUGUAUCUAUCCAUCUCAAAGUGUUGUAUAUGAACACUGACAGAAAUAAAAAAAUGACUUUUAAACUUGA